UUGUUGUCCUAGACAGAACUCUGAGACUCGCCUUUCGACGAACUAGCAAAGUUUCAUUGCUGACUAAAGGCCUUGUGUAUCACAAGUUGUUCUGAACGCGUCCAGUGCAAAGAAGGAAAGAUGAAGGUAACAGUAUUCCUCGCAAUGUGCCUGUGUCUAGUGGCAGUGGGACUGCAAGUCAAUGGUAAAAGUCUAGUGCGAAAACAAGAUGCCAGCAGCGACGACUCCAUGUCGAACAGUGACUCCGAUAGCGACUCCAGCUCCUCGGACAGCAGCUCGGGUGAUUCCGACAGUGACAGCGAGGAUACUGCCCAGGGUGAUGACAGUGACGACGGAAGUGGCUCUGAUGACAGUGAGGACUCCAGCGACGAGACAGCUACAGGCCAAGCGGUGAUGCGAGCGCAGCAGGCUCGAGUACAGACGCCAGCUCCAGCGCAACUCGUCACGGACACGGACAUGCCAAUGGGACCCACUGACGCUGACAAGGAUGCACCAGGAAAUGACCCUGGCAUGCAAGGCGGUGAUGUGGGAGCCGACCCUCCCACCCCCAAUUUCUAAGCCGCAUGUUGGUGGGGCGAUAACAGCGUGGAUAAACGUACUGGUCCGCAAGCAAAUAACGCGCCAUGGUGUGGUCCUUAUUCCGGGGAGACAGUACAAGACGGAAUCACGCUAAGCUCUUCACCAUUCACACGAAGAUGAAGAGACGAGUGACAGCGUUCUCCUGUGUAAGCACCUGCUAAACCAGGCAACAAAACCGGUUCUACUGAUAUGUUCGAAAUGUUCUGUUGCCUUUUCAAAUUAUUACGUGAUUCUAUAACAUCUGUGUAAUUCUAUAACAGCUCUAUCUCCUAUUCAGUAUGGAUAGUUUGAAUGCAUGGCACAUGGUUUAAUAAUUAUUAUUAUUAUGCUCUACUUAUUUUAGUACUUUCCUUUACUUAGAAGUACGAAGAUUAUUGCGAUAGAACAACCCAUGCAUGUAUAUGUAGUUGAUAUGCACUGGAGGCUCUUGGCCUUGGUCAGGCUGACAGAUUUAAGAUAAUUUAUCUGAGUUCCCAUUCUUCUGAUUCUCAUUCUAUCAAACACGACAAGAUGAAAAGAAAUUUUAAAAAGGUCAA